UGCACCAUAGAGAUGACGAAGCCGCCCCGGCGACAUCAAAGCAGUCGGCCGCGGAGACUAUCGGGAAAGGAGCGGCGCGUGCAUUGCGUUGCGGGCGUACAUCGGGCGGGCAAAGGGUUCGCGGGCAGCGCAAGGCUGCUGCUGCUGCCGCCGGGUGUGAGAGAGAGAGAUUGGACCUUUCGUUGAGGCGGACAGAGCGAGCAGGACUCGGGAGGCUGUUGCCGCUGCUUUAGCGCCAUGGCGGGAGGAGGCAGUGCUGGCGAGUGGUGCCUCAUGGAGAGCGACCCCGGCGUCUUCACGGAGCUCAUCAAGGGUUUCGGUUGUAGGGGUGCUCAGGUUGAGGAAAUAUGGAGUUUGGAACCAGAGAACUUUGAAAAAUUAAAGCCAGUUCAUGGAUUAAUUUUUUUAUUCAAGUGGCAACCAGGAGAAGAACCAGCUGGCUCUGUUGUUCAGGACUCCAGAUUAGAUACAAUAUUUUUUGCUAAACAGGUAAUAAAUAAUGCUUGCGCAACUCAAGCCAUAGUAAGUGUGCUAUUAAACUGUACCCAUCAAGAUGUCCAUUUAGGAGAAACACUAUCGGAAUUUAAAGAAUUUUCACAAAGCUUUGAUGCAGCAAUGAAAGGCCUGGCGUUAAGUAAUUCAGAAGUGAUUCGUCAAGUCCACAACAGUUUUGCCAGACAACAAAUGUUUGAGUUUGAUGCAAAGUCAACAGCAAAGGAAGAAGAUGCUUUUCACUUUGUCAGCUAUGUUCCUGUAAAUGGAAGAUUAUAUGAACUGGAUGGUCUAAGAGAAGGCCCAAUAGAUUUAGGGGUAUGCAAUCAAGAUGACUGGAUCAGUGCUGUAAGGCCUGUCAUAGAAAAACGAAUACAAAAAUACAGCGAAGGCGAAAUCAGGUUUAAUUUGAUGGCAAUUGUAUCUGAUAGAAAAAUGAUAUAUGAACAGAAAAUUGCAGAGUUACAGAGACAACUUGCUGAGGAAGAGCCCAUGGAUACAGACCAGAGCAGUAAUAUACUAAGUUCUAUUCAGUCAGAAGUUGCAAAAUAUCAGAUGUUAAUUGAUGAAGAAAACCAAAAAUUGAAAAGAUACAAGGGGGCUGUGCAACCUGAUCCCUCCAGCAAGAUUGAAAACAUCAGAAGAAAACAUAACUACCUACCAUUUAUUAUGGAAUUGCUAAAGACUUUAGCAGAACACCAGGAAUUGAUCCCACUUGUAGAAAAGGAAUACCCUGCUGUACGGACCUUCACUUUAAGGACACUCGCGCGUACGGACAUACUUUCAGUAGCACCAUUUCCCUGUUUACGUACGCUCGCUUCGCAAGAACGGACACUUAACCUUUGGUUGUGGCCUGUUCUUUCGGUGCAUGGGGGGGUGGAAAGAGACGCGAUCGCGCGACCGCAAAUCAGCUGGGAGGCACGAUCGCGAUCAGCUGAGAGGUGCGGCAGUGCAGCAGCAGAUGCUUUAGCGUGGGGCUUUGAGGCUCCACGUGAAGGAGAGAUGGCACAGUGGCGGCGCAAGUGAAAACAGGCAAAAGAAAAACAGAAUGCUAAGAAAGCUCAAGAGGCCAAAUGAAGACUGGUGGUUCCCCCCCCCCUUUCUUUUUUGUGGGUGGUCAGGGUUUUUUGUUUGAUGGGGAAAAUGUGCUUCUGAAUUUCUUUGUCUUCAUGAAAGUGACCCUACAAGACUUCUUGUACAGUUUAAAUUUGUCCAACGCACGUUUGCCAAUUGUAACAGUUUGUCCUGUCCUAUUUGCACGGGGUCUAUAAAUCUCCCUUUUCCCUUGCAUCAUGUGCAUGUACUACAACUCAGUAAUGGUUUUUAGAGUCUGUCGAAUUCCAGUAUUUAACAGUGAUAUCCGACUGAUUCUUCAUAAUUUAAUCAGGAAAUACAGCUGCAAUUUGUAUAGACCCAAAUUUGUGCAAGUAAUGUAGACCUUUAUACGGUAAUGAAUAUAUUUAAUAUCUUGUCUCACAGUGAAGCAUUGGAUAUAUAGUUAUGUAAAGAAAGCAUGACUUAUUUUUGGAAAUAAGUUGGUCUUUCUUUGCGUAUCACCACUAACUGUCUUGGUCUCUGAGUCUUUCAGUGGCUUGCCCUGUGUUCUUGUUUUUAUGGAGUUGUGUCUAAAUUUUCUACAAAGUUGAAACUACAAAUUGAAUGGUAGAAUGAGUUGCAAUGACCAAGGGAUAAGCUUCAGAGUGUAUUGCUUUAGUAGGAAAAAAAAUAAUAAAUUCCCAUUUUUAUUUUG